GACGAAAGCCGGCAUUUUCUGUGGAGCAGGAAGAGGAGUAAAAAAGACGAUUUGAGGAAAUCUUUUUUCCUCUUUUGAAAUAAAUACAUUUAUUCGGGUCUUCAAGAACCCAGAAACAGACACACGAUGGUUGUGGUGACAGCAGGGCCCGGAGGAGCACAUAAAGUGCUUCUUAUUUCUUCUUCACACUCCAGUGACUCUAAUGUCGCUGCUGCUCCUUUACGGAAAAGGCAAAGACUCACACAUCUGAGUCCUGAGGAAAAAGCACUUCGGAGGAAACUGAAGAACAGAGUUGCAGCACAGACAGCAAGAGACAGAAAAAAGGCCAAAAUGGGAGAACUGGAGCAGCAAGUCAUGGAACUGGAGCAUGAAAAUCAGAAACUCCACCUGGAGAACCAGAUGUUGAGAGAAAGGACGAGUGAUCUGAUGAGUGAGAAUGAGGAGCUGAGACAGAGACUGGGGUUGGACACUCUGGUCAGGAAAGAGAAGGUGCAGGUGCAGAUGUUGGAGUCCGAGGCGAGUGAUUUGGUUUUGCUGAACGGGUCUUCUGAGUCCGCAGCACUCAGGCUACGUGUGUCCGCAGCAGGUGCAGGCCCAGCAGUCAUCAAAGCCGAAGAGUUCACCCUGGAUCCUCACGCUCCUGGCACUGCAGACUCUGAGUCUGAUCUCUUGCUUGGCAUUCUGGACAUCAUUGAACCAGAGCUGUUCCUCAAAGAAGCUCAGGAGCCAGACCCCACUGAGCAGCUCCUGCUGGUGGGCUCGGCCUCAGGUUCGCUACCUGCCCCCUCACCUGGAGCUGUGGGGGCCGCACCAGUCAAGCUGGAGGCCCUUAAUGAACUGAUCCAUUUCGACCACAUUUACACCAAACAGGUGGAGGAGGAGGAGGAGGAAAAGGAGGGCGUCUACGAAGUGAGCAUCGCAGAUGAGAAAGACACCGUCAUCUUCUCGUCAUCCUCCGAAGACGAGGAAGUGGAGGUGGAAGUAGAAACCGUGUCCAUCAAGGACGAGCCGGAGGAAAUGGUCAUCCCCGUGACGGAAAGCGACUCGAUCGGGGUUGACGACUUCCUGUCCGAGCCGUCCCCUUCCUUCGGAGGCUACGACAAGACGGCGUACCUGAUGUCCGAUACGUACAGUGACUCUGGAUACGAAAGGUCACCUUCCCCUUUCAGCGACAUGUCGUCUCCGCUUUGCUCCGACAGCAGCUGGGAAGACAUGUUCGCUAACGAACUCUUUCCGCAACUCAUCAGCGUCUAAAAAUAUAAAAAACCAACACGUUGGUUAGGCUAAACGUAAUCCUAGCGUACUAAACGAUCAUUAUACGCUUCAGCACAAAUUCUUUUAUUUUUCUUUUCUUUUUUUUUCCAUUUUGAAGUAAAAUCCCCCAUUUAAUCUGAAAUACCUGCCAUUUGUUUCUUCUUGGAAAUGGACCUUGAGCGUCAGAAGUGGCGAUUUGGAUGAAUCUGUGAUUCAUGUUCAGUAUUUUUGUCAGAAAUUUGUGUCUGAAAAGUUAUAAAAUUUCAUUGGGGGAAGAGUUUCAUUUUAAAAAAGAUGUAUUUAUUUGUACCUUUUUUUUUUUUUUUUUUUCCGGAGUCCUGUAUCGUAAUCUGUCUGCUUUAAUAUUGUAUAACGUAAUUUUUAUUAGCGCCCUCCUUAUGGAAUCAUUUACUGCAUUAAAAAAUUAUGCAUCUCA